AUGGCAAGUCGUCUCAGGUACAAACGGCGUUUAGAGACGAUCUAUAAAGAUCGCGAUCCCAGCAAGGCCGCGGCACCGGUCUGUUGGAGAUACGCUGUGCCUCCGAACUGGGACGGCAAAUCAGAGCUGCCCCCGGACCGCUUCGAAGAGCCACCGGUGGCCCGACGGGGUUGGAACGGUGCCAACAAAAAGGUGGGUUUUCCAUGGUUUUCCAGUUUUCCAAAGACCGAGUUUGCCGCCCGCAAAUGCUGGUUUACUGAUGUUUAUUGUAAGCCACAAAAGAGUUGUUGUUUGUUGAAGUUUUGGGAUUAA